CGCGCUUAGAACCAAGAAGUAUACCGGUGUGUCAACAGCACGCGAGAGGCAUCUUCGGACAUAACUGCAGCUCCUUAUUGGCCAGCUGUCCUGGGGUCUGGUGCGCAACGUCGCGCGUUGGACACGCACCGUCCUGUCAGAGAAUUUACCCAGUGGAUAUUCAAGUGUUUGGAUUUAAUUAAGAGUUUUAUCACUGUCUGUGUUUACGUUACAUGCCAAACCUGGGGGAACAGACUGGAACACAACAGACUUUUGCGCGAAGCUUCAGAGUUUUCGCCACAAUAAUUGGUUAUCGGAUGGACCAGCACCCCAGCGCCCGGAGCUGCACCAGUCGCGGGGCUUCGUCCUGCGAGGCCGUCCCGACUGAGCCCUCAAUGAAUCUGUACAUCCACUCCACCACCGGCACACGCUUCGAGCUCUCCCUGCCCCUGGAGGAGACCGUGGAGGGACUGAAGAGGAGGCUGUCGCAAAGACUCAAAGUACCAAAAGAGAGACUCGCUCUGCUACACAAAGAAACGCGACUAAGUUCAGGCAAACUCCAGGAUCUAGGAAUCUCUGAUGGGAGCAAGUUAACACUUGUACCCACAGUUGAAGCAGGAUUAAUGUCUCAAGCAUCAAGACCAGAACAGUCAGUAAUGCAAGCCUUGGAGAGCUUAACAGAAACUCAGGUCAGUGACUUCCUGUCCGGCCGCUCCCCCCUCACCCUGGCACUGCGUGUGGGUGAUCACAUGAUGUUUGUCCAGCUCCAGUUGGCAGCGCAGCAGUCCGGCGGUCCCCAGCUCCAGCACAGACACCUCAUCACCCGGGGCAACGCAGAGACCGCAAUGGGGCAGCCCGCGGGGCAGCCCCGUGUUCCCCACCCUCACCCUCAUCCGCACUCCCACCACCACCACCCCCACCAUCCACACAGUCACCCCGGCCCCCACUUGUCCCAGCCUCACCCAGUCCCUUCCUCCCCCUCUUCCCCAGGCUCCCCUUCCUUCCCCCUGCCCUCCACGCACCACCAGCCGCUCCCUCCCAUGUACCACCAGUCGCCCUCCUCUGCUCAUUGUAGCCCCCCUACUCCUCCUCCUCAGCCUCACUCCCCUCGCCCGUCCCACAUCCCUGGAGGUCUUUUCCGCUCUCCAGCUCAUCACCAUCAUCACCACUACCACCAGCCUUCCUCAGGCCAACCCAGCCACGACAUCAGCCAGGCCAGUCCUGUAGCCCCGGUCCUCUGCCCUGAGGCUAACUGCAGCACCAGUAGCCCUACCAGUGGCACCAGUCCUCCGGCACGCUCCCGUAAACCUGGCGCCAUCAUUGAGAGCUUUGUCAACCAUGCUCCCGGAGUCUUCUCAGGGACCUUUUCAGGCACUUUGCACCCUAACUGCCAGGACAGCAAUGGGCGUCCCAGACGAGAUAUCGGUACCAUCCUGCAGAUCCUCAACGACCUCCUGAGCGCCACGCGCCACUACCAGGGCAUGCCCCCUUCCCUCACCCAGCUUCGCUACCAAACCCAGUGUGGUUCGCCCACUUCCCCGUCCCCCUCCCCGCCUCCUUCGCCCCCAGUUGCUGGCAUGACGGGCCUCUCUGCCAAAGCUACCUCCGUGCCUGCCAGCAGCCCAAGCAGCCCUCCGCCGACUCUUCAUCCGCUGGUGCAGUGCCAGAGCCAGAUCCGCAUGUGCAAACCCCCUGGUGACCGUAUUCGUCAGACCGAGAACCGUGCAACCCGCUGUAAGGUGGAACGCCUGCAGCUGUUGAUGCAGCAGAAGCGCCUGCGCAGGAAGGCCAGGAGGGACCAGCGCGCUCCUUACCAGUGGCUGCCCAACCGCAAGGCGGGACGCAGCAACAGCAACAGCAGCAUGUCCAGCGAGGGCUCCCUGGACCUGGACUUUGACGAUUCAGUGUGGAAACCCGACGUCAAAGCUGAUUUGAAGUCCGAGUUCGUCAUGGCCUGAACCAUCUGAUCCCUCUCACUGGGGGAUAGAUUGAAAGAUGUGCAAAGCAUUGCCUGGGAUUUACUUAAAGAUAUAUUUUGAGGGAGUGGAUUUGCAGGAAGUGAUACAGAACUUUGCAAAGAGGAUAUCAAAGUCGUCCUUGUGACUGGCAUCUGUCACAUGAGAAAAAAAGGCUCUCUGCAGACUUUAAUCCCACUCUGUCCUUCACAGUUGACCUUGUGAAAAACAGCAACAAAAGCAACAUAACUUUCUUGUCGUGCUUGGAUUUGGACAGGCAACAAUCGGACUUAACAGUGUACAAGACUUUUUAAGGUAUGAUCACAGAGAACAUACCUGAACUCAAGCAUAGCAGAAUUCAGUGGGUGGUGGUGGUGGUGGUGGUGUUUCUUUUUUUUGUUUGUUUUUUGUUUUUUUUUAAGCGCACUCUGGACAGCAAUGAAGAGAUCCACACUGGACUUAUUAAAAGGACAGGAGCACCAGAGGCCUCAGUGUUUCCUAAUCACAAGAAAGGCAGAACUGCCGAACUAUGGAUUAUUCCAACGGGCAUUCUUUUCGAUCUCAAAACUCACCAACCAGAGUCCAGUUUUUACUUGUUACGGGGUGGUUAAACUUUGUUUUUCUUUUUUUCCAUUUUGAAACAUAUUAUAUUUUAUAAACAAAAAAUAUGUAGCAUUGUUCACAAAGCAUUCAGGUUUUCAUAUAACAGUUCAAAGUAGUUGUUGAUUUGCACAUUUUCUUGAUUUAUAACAGCUGGUCAAAGUGUGCAAGAAGGAGGUGGGGCCUGAAAUAGAAUUAAAAAAUGAAUAUGGAAGUAUUGAUAUCAACCUCAGUGACAUAGGGUAUUGAUAGGAAUGAUUAACGAAUAAACAAAAUGAAUUAAUAUUAACAGAAAGUGCUUUAGAGGAUUUUAAAAUCUUUAAAAUGUAUAUGGAAAAAAAAUCUAUUUUUAUUUCUCCUCCUAUCUGCUGUUUUCAAAAAACAGCAGCCCUCUGUGGCUUUAGUCAAGUCGUUGACUACUAACAAAUACAUCCAUUCAAUCAUUCAUUAGCUCAUUCAUGAAUUAUAGCCGUCUAGCCACAACAAAUGAUACGGAAAUACAAUUUUUCAUCCAGCCCACCUCAUGUCUUACAGACUUGAAUGGACUUGUCGAGGGUUUGUAUUAGUUUGUGUACAUAAAUGUGACAAUUGGCAAAGGUUUAUGAGGGUGUGUGUAUGUUUGACUUUAGUGUAAAUUGAUUUAGAAUAUCCCAUGUUUUUGUCCGAGUCGUCUUCUCCUAAUUGGCCCCAUAGUUUCUCGAAAUCACGAAGAUCAGCCGCAGUGAAUGCAAGGUUCACCACUUUAUAUCAUAACAGGAUAAAACUUCAAAUUCUAAGUCGGCUCCCAGUUCUAGGCCCAGUUAAGGUCUACCUUUACCACAAGUCCUCAUAAUAAUGACUAUUUUUUUAUUGGCAAAGAGGGAGAAGAGGUGGGAUCUGUAUCCAGCAUCAUUAUCUAGUGCCUCCACCAGUACAUCCAUUGACAUAUCAGGUUAGGCCUUUCACAGUUUUGCUGCUACACAUGUGGACUUUAAAUGAAAAAAAUAAACAAAAAACAAAACAAGUGGGAGGGGAAAAGUGACUUUUCUUUGCAUGCAGAAGUGUGAAAUUACACUGAUCUUUUUUCUAUUGAUGGAAGAAAAAAAGAAACUGGUGCUGUGGGAAUGAAGGUUAACAACAUGCAUGAAUUUGUGAAGAAAAUAAACAAUGCUGCUUUUGUUGGUUAGGUUUUUUUGUAACUUUUAUUUUUCAAUGUUAGAACAACAGUGUCCUGCUUAAGUAUUGCGACGCAAAACCAAAACAGAUGAAGUUAAGUGUGGACUCGACGUCUUGCUCAGCACUGAACAUUCCUGUUGUGUGACAAUGAAGAUGAUGAUGAUGAGCAAAGAGCAACUGACUCUCUCUUCUCUACUCCCUGAACGCUGGUUUUAUCCCCCAUGACUCUCAAGGACCCAGACGGCCUACGAACUGUUAAGCCACCUCCCCCCAACCUGUACGCCAACCAGAGUCUCGCAUGGACGUAUUUGUUUUUUUCGCAGGGAACCAACAGGCCAGCGGAUUUGCAGUACUGUCCGUCAGACUCACUCGAGAGAAGCACCUGUCUUGGCGUCUGUCUCUUUGUCCGUCUUUCUGUCUGAUCAAUUGACCACCCUACCACAAUUGCACUCCCAGAGAUUGCAGUGAGAGAUUACCUUUUUGGUGAACCUCAUCUUUUUUUUAAGUGGCCUUACCUUUCACUAAAAAAAUGAGACACUUGGGGACAAUGGGGGCGGGUUUUUUUUUUCAGUUUUUGUUUUUUAAACUUUCUGUGUGUAUCGUUGUCAGACUUGUCAUCAAGGCGCCAUUUUUUUGUCACUGAGGACACUGGGCAUCUGUUGUUUAGUGCUUUUAGCUGGUGGAGUCUCUAUUAUGUCAAGGCUUCUGUGCCUUAAAAAUAUUGCCCUUGCAGUGUCAGUGUCAGAUUUAAGCUUGUUUUCUUUGGUUGAUACACACGACUGUAGUAUUCGCAGCCAUGAGAGUCGUAGAUUUUAGGGGUAAAGCUUGUUUGAGUGAAUCAAAUACUAUUCAAAAAAAAGUUGGUGUUGUUCCUCAAAUACUGUCUUUGUCCCAUUUCUUCAUUGUGUCGCCAUGCUUGUUGGUCUCCGUUGUCCGAAAACCUCACAUCCCUCUUAACUCAGCUCUCCCACCAACAAGCUGCAAAAAGCUACAGAUCUGUGUAACUUAUGUUAACCGAGGAAGUUUACACCACAGUACUUAGAUGGCAAGAAACAGCCCUAAUUCAGAGUAAGAAAGGUCCUCUGAGGACUCCAGACUACAUGCACUUCCUGUUUCCUUGGAUAUGACAUAAUGAAAGGACAGUUUAUCCCCUGCCCCUCCCAAAUGUUAUUUAAUUUUUUUUCUUUUUUUUGUAUAUGUAUGAACUAUACUCUGUGUGUGCCUCACUUCUGUGUGAAACUCAAAAAGAUGAAACAAAACAAAAAAGAUGACAAAAGCAUUACAGAGAGGGUAAAAAACAGUAUGUUGGUGGAAUUCUGAUCAUGUCAUUUAAGUUGCCUGUUCUUUCUUGUAGCCAACUAUUGAAAAUAACAGGAUUCAAGAAUACAAUUUACAAUGUUCUAGCUCUAGACCGGUGUAGCACAUGUGUGACUGUAUUAAUUUAUGAAACCAAAAUGGUAACUGUGAAUUACGUAUUUCUUUGUGCAUUUUUUUAAAAAGUUGGGGAGAAGGUUGUUGGGACAUGGCAGCAGCUGAUGUCCGAAAAAAAACUUUUUUUUGUUUGUUUUUUUUUGUUUUUGGUGGAAUAUAAUGGAAACAACAUGUUUCCGAAAAAGAAAAAAAAUGAAAAAAAAAUGAAAAAAAGAGAAAAAAAAUGAAAAAAUAUAUGAAUAUAUUUUUUUUCUUAAGCAAUACAUUUCAGUGUGACUUGUGAUAGAACAUUUUUCUUUUUUUAGGUAAUAAAUAAAAAAACAAAAUGAGUACA